AUGCUAUCAGAUGCUCAGUCCGCUUCCAACGAGCCCUCCGUCUUCCCCCUCGAUGGCCCCGGACCUGAACAGGUUUCCCAACCCUUGCCGAAUGGCCGUCCACAACUCGCUCCCCCGAUCCAUACCAGAGACCCAUCUGUGACGAGAGGCAGGCCUCAACAACCCGCGACGCAGGCAUAUCCUCCCAGUAUCGCGGCUUCAUCGCGUUCAGGCUCGGUGCAGCCCCAACCACAUGGUUCAGAGUCAUCUGUGAGCUCAAGAGGUGGAUCCACAAUCGAUACCGCCCUGCAGAGGCGAACGUCAAACAGUUAUGGCCAUCACCGCCAGACAUCCGUCAUACAUGGCCUGCAGCACUCCAGAAGCCCCAGCUUCAACUCUCCCUCAACCGCAAGCCCCCUAACCCCGGACUCAUUGCUGAGCGCCCCCAGCUAUGGGAGGUAUCCGAAUGCGAACCGACGCGGUCAGUACUCGAGUGCAGAGAACACCUCGGCCCACACCAGUCCAGUUUCCCCGUAUCAAGGGCAUACGCAAGGGCAUUCCAUUGAUUCCCUGAUCGAUGGUGGCUCCUCGGUGCAUGAGUCUGCUCCCUCCCAGCACAGGAGGCGCAAGGAGCAGUCGCGAACAAGACGUGGCCAGCAGGGUCAUGCAUAUCACUCGUCCAGCACCCACCAGCAAUCGGAACCGCGCACUCCGGGUGAAUACGCCCUCUACCAUCUUUUCCAUGCAUUUGUGGUGCGGGCUGACCACAGAAUCAAUCACUGCCUUACCCUUCUGGACAAUGCUGUUGCGCCUGUGGAGCAAGCCUGUGGCCCGGGCGUUGACGUCGGGUUUGAUCAAUUGAUAGCUUCGCUUGGACACAUCUCUCGUCAAGGUCCAAAGCCUCUGGUGGAUUCUUUGAUGCUCUGGCGCAAAGGAAAGGGUGAUGCCGCGGCCAGUUUGAAGAAGCAGGUCUAUCAGCAGAGACUGCAGAUGGGCCUGACCAAUUCGUCUCUUCCUCCUUCACUGCCCAGACGUCAUACAGAACCUCUUCAAGUUUUAGGAGAGAAUGGUCUCCCACAGGCUGGCACCGAACAGAGUGCUUCCACGGAAGAUGAUCUUACGCAGGACUAUCUGCUGGCAGAUCGCCGCGCUACGAUUUCGGUUUAUAUCCUCUGCCGAGUCCUGAUCGCAAUUUUUGAACAGAGCAGCCUGGCUGCGAUAACCCAAGAUCUGGCCAACAAGCUGGUGGACAUCUUAUUCACCCAGAUAAGGGAGGUCGAACCUUCACAGAUUUUGUCUUCGACCAUCCGACUUGCCAAUUGGAAGAUCUAUGGGGAGGUCUUAGGUCACAUGAGUCGCCUCGACUUUGUCAAUGUCACGUUCCGGUUUACCCAGCAACUUGAACAGUGGCAACUGGAUUUCUCAAAAAGCCCGGGGACUGCCACAGCCAGAGACAUCGAAUCUCGUCUGGAAUUACUCCUGCUGGGUAUGCGCCAUCUCCAUAUCUCUGUGGCGAGAGAAGCCGCCCCUAGUGUCGCCGAAUUCUUGAGGACUCUUGCCGCCCUGUUCUCUGAUGCACAUGGACCUCGUGUGAAGCAAGCAUAUUGCCAGCUGUUCGAGCGGAUGCUCACGGCCGUGGCAAGUAAUCCCGAGUAUUUUCAGACCCUGCCGAAAUGGAAAGACUUCAUAGAGAUUGUCAACUCACGCCUAGGAAAUAUGUUGGUCAAGGUUCGUCAUUGGAAUACUGGCUUUCCGGUGUCGAUUCUGCUCAUGUGCGUUUCGCCUAUUGAGGUGUUCUCCACGCAGUGGCUGCCAAUGAUCUCGAACCUGGCCCCAAAACUCAAAGAUCGGUCGACACGAGCUUUGGCUUUGCAAGCAAUCUGCCAGCUGGUCUGGACGUACCUCACACGGGUCACAGAAACCACCCAGGUCAAAUUGCGUCGUUUGGAAGACAUCAUCAAAAUCACAAUUCCGCAAGGGAGAAAGACUCAUGUUGUCUCAGAGCCAUCUACCGCCGCCCCCUUAGUCCAGUUCAUCAGAAUCAUCGGCUUUGCCGCUCAAGACCUCUGCUUCCGUUCAAUUAUCUUUCCCCUUCUCCAUUAUGACAUGUUCCAAACGAGUCGAAGCCUCAAGAUCGAAAACAUGGAGCCAGAACGAAUGGUUAUUGGCAUACGAGCGUUUCUCGCCGUCAUGGCCGAUUUGGAGAAGGAUAGCACAAGCGGCCCUCCAUUCCCUGCCUUCACCGGUCAAUCGCAGAGUGCCGAUGGUCUACCGUCCUCGCCCGGGAGCAGGAGGACUAGCCUGGGGAUUGAUUCACCGCUCCGACCGCGAUUUGAAGAUGAGGAUCCCUCUUCGUUGCCAGUCAAUACGGCCAUCUUGGACGAAAACGCCAAGCAAUACUAUUUGCAGUUCUGUCAGAUCUUGGGCAAGAUCACGAUCCUCUGCGACAACACUUUCGGCGGACAAGCUACGUUGAAUGAGAAGCUGUCCUCAACGAGCGUGACUCCCAAGACUCCUCUCGCUGAUGCCUUCACGUUAACUCGUGGCCAAGAGGGAACGGCUACAGACCAGCGCCAAUUGUACUACGAACUGCUUCAUGUCGCGAUUCAAGCUCUUCCCCGCUGCUUCACCGAUCAUAUUCCUUUAAGCCCUCUGAUCAACCUUCUGUGCACGGGCUCUGCUCAUGUACAAGCCAACAUAGCAGCAUCUGCCACACAAUCUCUGAAAGCAAUUGCAAAGCAGGGUCACGCUCAAGCUGUAGCAAUCGCCUUUCCACGUUUCAUUUUCCACUAUGACUCCCAGUAUUCUACAAUGUCCGACGAGGGACGUCUUGGGCCGGCGCAUAUUGAGGCGACGUUGACGCUUUAUCUUGAAUUGCUACAAAUCUGGACAGAGCAGCUCAAGCAAAAGGCAAUGGCAAGCUCUUCAGAAACAAGAGAUCGUUCAAUCCCAGGGUCCCACCGAGCCUUGCAAAUGGAACUCACAAAUGUCAUCCCGCAUGUGGAUGAAAUCGAAGCCUAUGGAUUGUUCUUCCUUUGUUCGCAGUCUCGGCGUGUGAGAGCAUUCGCUAUCAAGGUUCUCCGUCUUGUCAUCCAAUUUGAUUCGGUCCUCGGUCAAGAAGUACCGUCUAGAAUCAUAAAACUUCUUGAAGGCCAGUCAUCAACAAUUCUGGACCUACAAGAAGAUGCGCUCAACGUCGCAGAACGCAGCCGACUGCAAAAGGACAAGCGUACUGGACCUGGCCAAAGCACGCUGAUUGAGAUUUGCAGCUCUGAAGUGUCAUAUGAUUCAACCCUCUGGUUCAAGGCGUUUCCCAACCUGAUCCGCGUUGUUUUUGAUGCAUGCCCAAAUGCCAUCGCCCUAUGCCGUGGGACAGUCACGGACAGAUUGAUGAUGAUGCAGAAUGAUAUUGAGGCCUUUUCAGAGACGACUGGUGCAAAUGCGGCUGUACUCGAGUAUCGCAUGCAAGGACGAAGCUCGGCAACGUCUGCUGAAGUACUCUUCGAGCAGUGGAAGUUAUAUUUGAUCAUGGCCUGCGUCACUCUAAGCUCUCCCGGGGGCCAGUCUCGGAGCCAGCUUGCCGAUGCUGCUGCACACUCGAGGAAAACUUCCAAGAGUACCGCAACAGCACAGGACAAGAUGAGUUCUGCUCGGGCGUUGUUCUCUGCCAUCAUUCCAAUGCUUGGUGCUGCCCCCGACGCUAUUCGCGAUGCGGUGGUCUCUGCUCUUGGCUCCAUCAACCGCAAACUUUGCCGUACACUUCUCGAAUCGCUGCAGUAUGCCGUGAUCAAGUGCAACGAUGAGGCGAAGGCGAGAAUCAAUCAUCAGAGAACUCCAAGUAGCCCACAGCGAUCUCAGCAGACUGAACGACUGCGGACCGAGGUUACACAUGUAUACAAGCUCACAGCGGCCUUUUUACGACAUGAGGACAUCUACGAAGACGACUGGAUCCUGCAUAACCUUGUCAAUUACACGAGGGAUCUGCGCAUCUUUCUGAGCGAUACUGAUGUACAGAAUGAUUGGCGAUUCCAAAAAUUGCGAUACCAUUUCUGCGGUUUGGUGGAGGAGGUCUUCGAAGGCGUGAACAGAUCAAAGGCGCCAUCCCGCUGGAUGCCUUUCGAGUCGAGGAAGUCGGCAUUUGCCUUGAUGGAAGACUGGUGCGGCUACUCUGCAGAGCGGAAUUUGAUGGAUCCUAGUCAAGGCCAUACCCGCGAUUUGCAUGAUCGGAUGAACGCAAGUGCUGCCCUUGAGAAAGAGAAGAACAACUUGAGAGUAGCCGCUCUCAGCGCAAUGGCGACCUUGUGCGCUGGCCCGAUCAGCAUCAAAACUGACAGCAAUGCGAUCCUGUCAUUCAAUCUCCAACGAAUGCUGUCAUGGAUUGAUACUAUCUUCGCAACCAGCAACCAUAAGAUGCAUACCAUAGGGCGACGAGCACUUAAACUCCUCCUCAUGCACAAUCCAGAACAUCUUGUGCUUGCAGAACAUGCUAUCGAACAAUGCUACAGGACCGAGUCUUCAAUGGCGUUGGAAAGCUAUUUCAGUGUGGUUUCUGAGGUUCUCAUUCAACAGCCGGAGUAUCCUUUGGCCUUUUGGAAAAUUCUCAGCAUCAUUGUGUUCACUUUGGGAAAUGAAAAUCGUGAAAUCAGAAUGCAGUCGGCGCAUCUGAUCCGCACUCUAGAUGAGCGCCAACACAAGAGCACCAACCUUCAAGAGUUUGACAUCAGCAUUUCCGACAAGACGCGUGCUGUGUACAAACUGGCUCAAUUCGAAUACUCCAAAAGACUCGCCAAGGCCAACUCAGAUAUCGCAUUCAUGAUCUUCUCCGAGUUUUCGCUCCAUUACAAAUCUGCGCGGAACGAUCAUCAGCGUAAUAUGGUAGUCGCCAUCUUACCGUGGUUGCAAACACUCGAGCUUCAGGUCGACCCGGAGACGGGAACUCCCACUGCCGCCUCGUAUAUGCUUCUGGCAAACAUGUUCGAGAUAACGAUUUGCUCGAGCAGCGCGAUGCACAACGAAGUGCAAGCCUUGUGGCAGGCUCUGUCAACCGGACCUCACGCGGGAAAUGUGCAAUUGAUCCUUGACUUUAUUAUUUACCUUUCGCUCGAUCGCCGCGAUCAGAACUUUGUCGAAUACGCCAAGCAAAUUGUCGUAUACCUGUCUUCCACUCCUGCCGGUUCACGAGUGCUGGAAUUUUUCAUGUUGCAACUGACUCCGAAGAACAUGGUCAAUGACACAAAGCAUGCUGAUGUAGUGAUGCCUGAUACGAGGAACCUUCCCUAUGUUGCUGAUCUGACUUCUCUAUUGCCCAUGGGCAACAAACAGGUUGGUCUUUCUUUGGGUCAAGUCUCCGUGAUUUUCCUAGUCGACCUCAUGGUCACUCCGGUAACUUUGGCCAAAGAUGAGGCGAUCAAGCUCAUUCACACAGUCCUUAUCCUUUGGGACCACUACACAACGUCAGUUCAGGAACAGGCGAGAGAGAUGCUGGUCCACCUUGUUCACGAGUUGGUUACCACAAAGAUUGACUCGCAGAUCCUUAUUUCUGCCAAGUCCAGCAUUGAAAGUCUUGUUGCGGCCAUUCGAAGCAACAGUUCUCGGAUAAGCUGGUCUUACGAGAGCAACACGAGAAAAGACGAAGAUGAUGGCGCUAGCAGAGUCCCGCAGGCAAUGGGGGUCCUCACCUCAGAAGUUGUCAACAUCUUCAACCUCGCGUUUGACAACUUCAGCGACAGCUGGGCCAAAGAAGCGUUGCACUGGGCCUCUAUCUGUCCAGUCCGGCAUUUGGCAUGUCGGUCAUUUCAAGUAUUUCGCUGCAUCUCUGUCAGCCUCGAUGCUAGGAUGCUUGCCGAUAUGCUUGCUCGACUUUCUAACACAAUUGCCGACGAGCAGACGGACUAUCAAACUUUUUCGAUGGAGAUCCUGACGACACUUAAAGUCAUCAUCGGAGCUCUGGAGCCCAAGAAUCUCCUGCGAUAUCCGCAGCUCUUCUGGACGACAUGCGCUUGUCUCAAUACCAUUCAUGAGCGAGAAUUCUAUGAGACCUUGGGAAUGCUCGAGAAAUUCCUCGACAAAUUGGAUUUGUCCGCUCCGGAUGUCACGGAGGCUAUAAUGAAGGGUCUGCCCGGAAAGUGGGAUGGUGGUUUUGAGGGACUGCAAUCACUCCUCUACAAAGGGCUGAAGUCUGCCGACAGCUUAGACAAGACUCUUUUCAUUCUUCACAAGCUCGCAGAGCUGCCAGACUGCCAACUAGUCGGAAACGACAAUCGUCUUCUCUACUGUGUCCUGGCAAACCUGCCACGAUGGCUUCGAAACUUUGACCUGGACGAUACCGAGCCUAUGGCGAUAGCUUCUGCACAAAGACUAGCAAAAGUGGCAAGUGCCGCCGGCCAUGAUCUUCUCUCGGCCUGUCUUGGACGCUUCGCCAACAACGAAAUGACAUCAAGUCAGGAGAUGCUCAGCACAACCAUUCAAGCCAUGAAGGCAGCGUACUUCCCUGCAUGUGAUGCCCGAACCUUGAUCUUCAUGAUCGGACUGUUAACCAACAAGACACCAUGGUUCCGAGUCAAGCUGAUGGACAUUCUGUGCGAACUGAUCCCGAUUGUGAACAUGAAAAGUCAUGCCAUCACAACGCAUGGGCCGGAUCUUAUCUCUCCGUUACUGAGGCUAUUGCAGACUGAGCAUUGCACUCAGGCUCUGGAGGUGAUGGAUUAUAUCAUGGAAGUUGCAGCUACGCCCAUGGAAAAGCAUCACAUGCGUAUGAGCAUGGCUUCUGGUUCAGCAAAGGCUAUCAGAAAAGAGUAUGAACGGACACAGAGCCUUUACGGGAUCCCUCACUCAUCCGGCUGGUCUAUCCCGACGCCUGCGAUAUAUUCUAGCUUGACUAGGCACAAUGUCCAUGCCGUCUUCUAUACAUGUGGAGACUCGGAGUUCUCGAACGAUCAAGACACCACCACUCCAGACGUUGAGUUCCAAGGUGACGAUGGCUACACGGAUUCAUACUUCCCGCCUCAGAGUCGUGCCGAAACCAUCCGGUCACUGGAAGUCGCGGCAGAUGCCAAUGUGAGUGACCUGGUCAACACACUUGACAGCCUCGAUGAUUUCUUUGACGACGUCGAUGGUGACGACGUUCUGACUCCAACCGGAGCCAGUCAGCUUGGAGUCUCCGCAAUCACCAUUCCCACUCUUACUGAACAGAGCACGGCAUUGUACGACGAGCAGACAGCUCCGAUUCUUCGUCAGAGUCUGGCGCGGACUGCGUCGACAACGACGGUACAGGAUGGAUUUACCGAAGCCGGGCCCCUUCCUGGCAUCAACCAUCGAACUCAGCCCAGUCUCUCUUCUCCCCACUCUAAUGCAGCUACACAAUCAUCCUUCUCCUCGAUCGACGAGUUGGGAGGCCCAGGCCCUUCAUUACCUAGUUCAACAAAGAAGCCAAUACUCCAGAGCGUAAUCAACCCAGUCAACUACACUCGACCUGGGCUUCACGCCAGAUCAAUCACCUCUCCAGCCAACCAAUUUCCGGUGUCGCAACCAACUUCAAGUGGAAUGGCUCCCAUGACUGAAGGUGCUUCACUCAGGUCUCAGGAUGAUUAUGCUGAUCAGUAUGAUGAGGCUAUUCUGUCGGAUGGAGAGAACAGCCCUUUUCCCUCGCUGAGCAUGACAAUAUCGAACCAGACCAAAUCUUUGUCAGGGCCAGGGCCGUCCGAAUUUCAGACAACCCCCGUUUCUGCAACCGAGAGUGGAGGCGCGUUCAGCCUGCAAGGAAUGCGACGAGGCAUGCGACGUCUCACAGGCGGUAAGAGUGAAAGCCAAAAAGAGAAGGAGAAGAUCAAAGAUUUGGCACGCUUACGCGCGCAAUCUGGGGGCCAGGGUCAAGUGACUGCGGCGUUGCAGAGUCCCAGGGUUCCAAGAGUCCCUCCGGAGUAUCUCAACGCUCCCAAUACGAGCGGAGUCAGCCCAACCUCGAGCCCUGGAAUUUGA